GAGCUGGUUUCAGAAUCCAGAGGGCAGAAAUUUCCGUGGAAAAGUCCAGGAUAUAAAUCCCUAACCCAUUUCUUCCUUAAAUUUGUUGUUGGCAGAGACUCUCCUUCUCGUAGAUCAUUGACUGUCGAAGCCAAGAUUCGGGGUGUUCACUGUGGAUUAUCGACUGCCAGAAGCUCCAUUAUCGAAGCAAAGAACUUGAUUUCACAGAAGCCAAAGCAGAAGUUCGAUUGGUCUUCUCCUGAGCGUCAAUGUAGGAUUCUGGUCGAUCAACAAAUUUUGAGUUGAGUGGAAGUGCUAACCAAAUGCGGAAAUAAAGAGGCGUGUCUUUCUAGAGCCUUGCGCUUGAAAUAAGGCUCACGCCUAGUCGCAUAAGGAAUGCUUGGAAAAUUGGGCAUGAGAUAGAGUGAACUGCAAUGGAGUGCGUGGUACAGGGGAUUAUUGAGACACAGCAUGUUGAGGCCCUUGAGAUUCUUCUUCAGGGUCUUUGUGGUGUUCAUAGAGAAGAUUUCAGGAUCCAUGAAUUAUGUCUGAAAAGUGGUCCAAACCUUGGACUUGUUAAUUCAGAGGUUCGACUUUUGUUCGAUCUUUACCAGGCUGAACCUACUUGGACUGUUAAACAUGUUGGAGGUGCAAUGAGAGGUGCUGGUGCUGAGCAAAUCUCAGUCCUGGUGAGGACUAUGGUGGAAAGCAAAGCAAGCAAGAAUGUGCUUCGCUUAUUUUAUGCGCUUGGCUAUAAAUUGGAUCAUGAGUUGCUUAGAGUGGGAUUUGCCUUCCAUUUCCAAAGGGGUGCUCGGAUAACUGUGUCUGUGUCAUCUGUUAAUAAGAUGCUAAAACUACAUGCAACAGAUGGUGAUGAGGCUGUGCCAGUUACCCCUGGCAUACAACUGGUUGAAGUAACAGCCCCUGCAACACCUGAAAAUUAUUCUGAAGUUGUUGCUGCAGUAUCCUCCUUUUGUGAAUAUCUUGCACCGCUCCUGCAUUUGUCAAAACCAGGUGUUUCAACAGGAGUUGUUCCUACUGCUGCUGCUGCUGCUGCAUCUCUUAUGUCUGAUGGCGGGGGCACAACCUUGUAGGAGCAAUUGAGAGUUCCUUGUCGUUAAAGGUGAUCACCAAGAAAAUUGCUCAUGGAGGUGUCUCCAAUGCAUUUUUGCUUGAUGGAGGCAAGGCAUGAGAGAUGGUGUGGCCUCAUUUUGAGUUUGUGGUGUAAAAUUUGUAUUUUAUAUCCUUUUUUAUGCACUAGUUUAAAGAUGAGCUUUGAAUUGCCAGAAUUAUUACCAUGGAGAAUGAACAAAAGAUUGAACUAAAUAAUUUUUAUUGUCUUAA